AUGAUCCCUGCCAGUGCCCAGGCCUUGCCUGGUUGGUGGCAGUGGCAAGAGCUGCUGCUGCAGCAGCUGCUGCUGCUGCUGCUGCUGCUGGGGCUUGGCUUGGAGAAAGAAGGAAUUGAAUUGCACAAGGGAUUGGUUCUGCUGUUCUGUCCCAAACUUCACCAAGGCUACCUGGUUGGCCAGCAGCGUUUGAAUGCAGCCAUCAAUGCACGCAAGGCAUGGAAGCGCGAAGAGAGGGAGAAGUGGAGGGCCUUCAAUGCCAACCCAGCCAACUCAGCCAACCCAGCCAACCCAGGUGAGAAGGGGAAGGACGAGGCCGAAGCUGAGGACAAGGAUGCCAUGGCGGAACCUCCCAGGGCAUCCAAGAGGUCCAAGUUCAUCAACUGCCUCGUGAACAUUGGCCUGGGAGAAGGACAGCGCGUGGUGAAGCUGAUCCUUUUGCUGCUCAACUUGGCCUCCUUCCUGGCUGGGUUUUUCUUGCAUACAGGACUGGGCUUCCAGGCAUCUGUGGCAUAUCCCAUGGCCAAGGGGGCUGGCUUUGCGCUGGACAUGGAUUUGGCCAUCCUGCUGCUGCCGACCUUGAAGAGUUUACAAACUGUCCUGCGUGGCAAGGGCGGUCAGGCAAGAGAGUGGAUUCCACUGGACGAUCCCAUUUCUUUCCACAUUGCCGUGGCCACUUUGGUGGCAGUGAAUAGCUUCGUGCAUGUUUGUUCCCAUUUCGUUCACAUGGCCCAGAUCGCAGGGUCGCCAAAUUUCCAGAACGAUCCCCUUAGUGCUUGGGCCCUCACUCCAGAGGAAGAGAUUUCCGGAACGCCCGUCGAAAAUUUGCUCCUGACACGAGCCAACUUCACAGGUUUGCUGAUCACAGCGUUGAUGUGUGUCAUCUACGUUACAGCACUACCUUCAGUGCGACGAGCCACCUGCUGCCUUGCGCGACGUUGCGGUGGCUUUCGACUCUUCCAACAAGCGCACUCUGUUUGGCCAGUUGUGUACUUCCUGCUGUUGAUUCAUACUACACCACGGUUCUGGAUCUGGAUGUUUUUCCCCGCGAUCUUCGUGGCAGUCGAUCGGGUGCUUUUAACCCAGCGACAGCGAUAUCCAGCCGUUCUGGAAAGUGCACGACUCCUUCUCUUUGACGUGAUUCACCUGACCUUCGAGAUCCCUGAAAACUUCACAUAUCAGGCCGGGCAGUACGUGAUGCUGCACUGGAAGGGCGAAUGGCAUCCCUUCACUUUGACUUCUGCUCCAGAGGAACGGCAGUUGACCCUGCACAUCCGCGCCAGCUCAACGCUGGAUUGGUGUUCCGCUCUGCGACGCCACUUGAUGGUGGAGGCCCCAAAAGCAGCCCAAGGCGUCACAGCCAUCGAGGUUGCCAAGGAGCCAAGUCCAGGGACCACGGUUCAGUUCGAGAAGAUCGUGAUGCCCAGCGGCAAAGUCUGCUGCAAAGCCCUGCCCUUGACGGAGAGCUCCUUCAAGGGCACUGGCUCUUCUGACAAAGUUUCCUUGGACGUUUCCUUCGACCGAUCACAGCGGCAGGCCACCUCCACUUUCCAUCGUGAGAGUACCAGGACCGAAGACUCUGUGGCCCUCAUGGAGCGGGCGAACCUUCCGCCUGGGACCGUGGAACUGCAGCUCCAAGGGCCUUUCGGGGCGCCUGCGCAGAGAGUCUGGGAGUUCAAAACGGUGAUGGUCGUGGGAGCUGGCAUCGGUGUCACGCCCUUCGUGUCGAUCCUGAGAUCGGUCCAGAUUCGCAAGCAGCAGCAACAUCUUCUCCGGGUAUCUGGAUCAUCUGGAGGAGAUGUGGAAGCCAAGACACCCAAGCGGCGCACCAGGCCCGAGACCAAGCACAGCAUGGCUCCUCCGGAAGCGGCGCCCGACACCAACGCAGCGGCGCCCGAGCCGGCGGAAGCUGCGACGGCGGCGGCGGCCUCGGCCGAGGUGGCGAUGGAUGACGCCGCUGUGGCAUCAGAGCGAGCUCCCAGAGUGGAUGCUGCGGAGACUCUUGAGAAGCCGGACGAAAAGGCGGAGAAGGUGAAGAAGAAGAAAGCACCACCUGAGAAGUCCAAGGCGCCCAAGAGUGAUCCUGCAGGUGGCAUCGUUGGUCUAGCAGAAAUCAGCCCCAGCGUCUUGGGUGCGAAAAUGGACGACGUGCAUAAGGAGGAGCCAGCCUUCUCACCUCCGCCCCGCGCUUCUUCCAAGCCACCGCGAGCUGACAAGGCUGCCAGCCAAGUGGAUGACCAAGCCAUGGUGGAGCGGCUCGUGAACGAAGUGAUUCCUGUGCCGGAGCGCAUCCACUUCUAUUGGAUUGUGCGCAACCAGCAGGAGUUGGAUUGGUUCUACGACCUGCUUGCGACAGCUGUGGAAGGCCCAGCGAAGGAAUUGGUAGAAGUGAACCUCUUCACCACCGGCGAGGUCGAACUGAGUGCAGUGAAACAGCUGAAGUGUGUUCACCAUCAAUACUUCGGCCGACCAAACUGGAACCGCAUCUUUAAGGGUUGCAAGGCUCAGCACGUGGGAGAUCACAUUGGUGUCUUCCUCUGCGGCUCGCCCAUCAUUGGCCAAGAGUUGGCCAGACAAAGUGGGAACACCCAGGAAAAGCGCCAGGAAAACCGCUGGAAUCUGGUGGACGUGGUGGACGUGGUGGACGUGGUGGACAUGGGACAGCCACCUGCCACACCUGCCACACUCUUCAACACUUUUCAGGUGCCAAGCACACGGAUCCUCCGGAUCAGCAGCCGGAGCCUCGGGGGCCUCGGUUGGGCCUCGGUUGGGCCUCGGUUGGGCCUCGGUUGGGCCUCGGUUGGGCCUCGAUCUGCAAAGCAACUGAGCAACGGCCACGACGCGAGAUUCAUGGAGCGCCGCGUAUUCCUCCUGCUCCUGGGAUCGUGGCACAACGCGCAUGGCAUUGCCCAAUGGGUCUUGGCAGGCCUUGGGCACUGCACUGUGCCGUUGGACAUUUUGCAGAACAAAGACUUAGCCGGAUGCUUGCGGAGCUGCGAGGCAGCCGGGAAAGGAUGCUCUUACGUCUCCUUCCUGGAUGAUGCCCUGAUUCGAAGGAAGGAGAGGAAGGAGAGGAAGGAGAGGAUGGAGAGGUAUCCAGAUCUCGAUCCCGCGGCGAUGCGGCAGUUGCCAGGAGGGAAAGGUGCCGUCGCUGGUGGCGUCCUUGGUGGCGCUUUCAGCGGAGGAACCCUGUGUUUGCAUUUCGCCCAUUGCGGAGUUCUGAAAUCGACACUCUCAGGAUCUGCUACCUUUCUUCGAGAAGGCCAUGUCGAUGGAGAGCGAGGAUGGCCUGAGGAUGACGACUUGGUGACUAUUUCCACGGGCAGAUCCAUGUCUUCCAGGAGAACUUGGCAACUCAGGAAACAGCUUUGUGUGUCGGCAGAGUUGGGGGAGCCCAUUGCUGCAUUGAAAAACGUUUGUGCUGAUUUUUGGACCGUGAAAUAUGUUUCUGGACCAGUGAUGGAAAGCCACAUGGUAGAUUCAACAGCCGCUGUGAGGGUAACCAUUCAGCGGGGAAGGCAUUUUCUAUGCAGCCGCAGUGACCCUGCUGGCCCAGCUGCGCCGGCUUCGACGACCGUGUGGCUCAGCGAAUCCUGUGACGGACUGGACACUCUCGGCACCUGGGACGUGGUCCGAGCAGGAGAAAACCAAGAAGUCGUCGACAGCGAGCCCUGUGUCUGGCUGCGAGUGGCACACGAUGGCAAAUUUACCGAAGGCCAAUAUCUAUCGGUGUCGGAGGAUCAUCGUGAUCAUGGUGAUCAUCGUCUCACGUUCCUCCCAUGGUCCACAGACAUGAGUGCAUCGUGUUGGAACUUCGGGUACGAACAGACAUGGAUGCAGCACAACUUCGUGGGCCGGGAGGACUUUGAGAUCCAUGCUGAGACUGAUACAUCCUGUAAACCAACACAUGCAACACAUGCAACACAUGCAACACAUGCAACACAUGCAACACAUGCAACACAUGCAACACAAGCACAAUGCCAGGAGGAUCAGGAGGGGGGAGAUGGGGCAAGGCAGAUGCGCCGUGCGCCACGUGCGCCACGUGCGCCACACAUUUGGCUGAUGGCUUCACCGAAAUACACCGAAACCAUGCAGCGUCUUAUCUCCACCUUCCAGCGCGCCCAAGAACCUGUCCGUGUUUCGGUGCGAUGGGUGCCCGAUUUUAAGGAUACCAAGAGGAGGGGCUUCCAACUCACCGGAAAAGCACCACAAGCUCGUCGGGUCUAUGCCUUCAACUAUUUGAAGCUGCUAUUUCUCUUUGAAGCUUAUUUGGACGGCGUACAGUCAGAGGAUGACAUGGUAGUGGUUAUGGACUUGGAUGUGCAAGUGCGUCGCGGAUGGACUCGGACCCUGGAGAAGUGCAUGGAAGACGCGGAGAUCUGCUUCCUACAGCAGGCUGCCUUUGGAGAUCGCUGGCAACAAGCGAAUUCGGGGGUCUUAGUGUUCAAACCCACGGCUGCGGUGGGUGCGUUCUAUCAUGCUCUUGGGGCACGACUCCAGGGACAAGAGAUCUUGGUUCGGUUGCUGCCCUCCAUGGAUGCUGUGGCUUUUGAGCAGCUUCUACUGAAUUACAUCCUGCAACAGAUCCGGGGUUUGGUGAAUUUCACGGACGGGGAUAUGUCACCAGUGUCUAAUCUCACCACAGUACGCUGGGGGAUCUACAGCCCUUUGGUGGCAUAUUCCGGGAUGUUCCUGACCUCUGCUGUGCUCACAGACACGGUGCAUCAUGCCACGGCGUCCAAUGCGGACCUCAGGAGUAAGUUGAGACUCAUGGAUGGUGCGGAGCUGUUUGUAGCAGACCUUCGUGAAUUUUGCCCGUUGGACCCCAGUGGAAUUCUGGAAAUUACUGGCCCGCUGCUGGAAUUCUGCUAUUAUUUCAUCGGUGUGGAUCCCCACUUUGGUCCUUUGCUGGAUCACUAUCGAGUCCAUAGAGGCUUUAGUGAAACAGAUAACCUGGUGGUGCUUGAUCAUCUGGAAAAGAGGGCUCGAGGACGAAAAGCGUGGAUUCAGGCAGUGAUCUCUUUUAAUGAAGGUGGCUACAAGUACUACAAAGCGAAACGUCGCAAUUCCUCCGCUGUACUGGGCGAUGCACUUCUUCAUCCUGCCUUUUGACCUUCGAAAUCCUUCGAAAUCCUUCGAAUCUCCCCGCUUUCAUCGGGACAUUCCGAACAUUUGCGUCAUCAGUUGUUCGAAAUGUUGUUCGAAAUGUUGUUCCAUGUUGAACAGUUCGACGCAGUCCACAUGCUUCGAGACUUCCAGCACCCUUCGAUAUCUUCGAUGCGGGUCUGGACCAAGGCUGAAAGAGCGGUGAAGCUUGGAGGCACCAGGACCUAUUCUGAGGAAGCCCUACAUUGAUGCGCAUUGAUCAACCACUUAGAGGUCCAAGCUGAGCUUUAAGAACUCCAAGUCGACAAAGCUCAAUGCAGACAGAACCGACAGUUUGUGCUUUGUAGAAAACUUCACAUUGAUUGCAGAAUUGAAGACGAGCGAAA